UUAAUUUUGACCCUGGCAACCCUGCGUAGUAGGUUACUUUACCUGUGUGCAGGUAGCCAAUGUCGCAUCGGAAUAAGAGCUUUCGACUCAUUGUUUGCUUGAGUAGUUAGGAUAAAUCUAUGUGUUCGGAUUUAGACUAUAUGUAAGGUUGUCGUCCAUAAUUUAGUUUGUAAUUUGAAACCAUCCCGGAGCAUUCCAGAUGGAAUGAUAACUGGAACGUGUAUUUUCACUUUUACUUACUAGCAUACAGGACUGUCAAACUCGGACCGAAGGAAAUGGCAGGUAGCUUUUUUGGGAAAGUUAUACUGCUUUUGGUUUAUUUUCUCGGUGAGUAGCCUAAUUUGUCCUUGACAUAGUCAUUGUGCACUGUAUCCCGAGCGGGAGCCUUAUUAGCCAUACGUCUGUUCAGCCGCCCAGUCCGGUCCAUACGAUAAUUCGUCAUUCAGUGGUAAUUUACUAUGUUAUAGUGUAACUCUAAUCACACUGCUUUGAGUGUACAGAAAAUUGACUUCAUUUUGUAUAUUUUUUUUAUUGGAGAUUUAUUUAACUAGGCAAGCCAGUUAAAAAACAAAUUCUUAUUUUCAAUGACGGCCUAGGAACAGUGGGUUAACUGCCUGUUCAGGUGCAGAACGACAGAUUUGUACCUUGUCAGCUCGGGGGUUUGAACUUGCAACCUUGCUAGUCCAACGCUCUAACCACUAGGCUACCCUGCCGCCCAAAUUCUCAUAAUGGCGUUAUGGAAACAGGUUUUAUUGUCUAAAUUUGUAAACUCAUAUCUUGCUGCAAAAAAAUAGAAAUGUCUAAUUUUCAGGCCUUUUGGGCGGGUUUUGAGACAUCGUCUGAUUAGACUUUUGAUUUUGAGCCCUGGCAACCCUGCGUAGUAGGUUACUUUACCUGUGUGCAGGUAGCCAGUGUCGCAUCGGAAUAAGAGCUUUCGACUCAUUGUUUGCUUGAGUAGUUAGGAUAAAUCUAUGUGUUCGGAUUUAGACUAUAUGUAAAGUUGUCGUCCAUAAUUUAGUUUGUAAUUUGAAACCAUCCCGGAGCAUUCCAGAUGGAAUGAUAUCUGGAACGUGUACUUUCACUUUUACUUACUAGCAUAAAGGACGGUCAAACUCGGACCGAAGGAAAUGGCAGGUAGCUUUUUUGGGAAAGUUAUACUGCUUUUGGUUUAUUUUCUCGUGGAGGUGACAGGUGAACAGCAGUAUGGUGGCCUGGGAAGAGAGAUCACCCUGACCCCCAAGGUCUCAGGUCAGCCUGAGGACAUCCUGUGGAAACACAAUGGGAACAAGGUGGUGGAGUUUGAUAGGAGUCAGAAUGUUGAGUAUGGCAGGUAUAAAGGCAGGACCAUCCUGGACUGGGACUCUGGAGCGCUGACUAUCAAAGGUCUCACUGAUGCAGACAGUGGGCCCUAUGAGUUAGAGGCUGUCGUCAGGGGCAAGCUGCAGUACUCUCAACAUAAGGUGGGGGUUAUUGAUGAUGUGGCACAGCCCAGUGCAACCUGUGUGGUUGACACCACAACCCCAGAGAACAUGGACAGAACCCUGCUGUGCUCAGCUGACCUCCAGCCCCUGACCCAGUUCAUCUGGAGGAGUCCUGAGGGGUCAGAGAGUCCUGGACCUGAGCUGUUCAUACCUGGGGGGGAGAACCAGGAGUCUAUCUACACAUGUGUGGUGAAAAACCCUGUUAGUGAGAAAAGUGCAGAGUUCACCCUGAAGGACUGCUACACUGAGGAAGGCUCAUCCAGUGUCCUGAAUGUGGUCCUGCCCAUUGUCCUUCUCGUCUUAGUUGCUGUUCUGGCAUUUCUCUUGUGGUACUACUGGAGGAAAUGCAAGAAACCAGCUGAAGCUGCACUGACAAAAUCUGAAGAAGAGAAAGGACUGGUGGAAGAUACAAAUCAAGGAAACAAAGAUCCUGAGGAUGACCAUUCUGAGAACACUGGAAAUAUAACUUCUAUACCAAAAGGAAUGGUAAAAGAGCGGGUAGAGAUGAUAAACAAGCAGAAUGCUGAUCCAAAUAGGAAAUUGCAAACUGAACCAGCUGGAAUAAUUGUCUCUCCAACAAAAAUGACAGACACAGAGCAUGUACAGGACAAGCCCAACCCAGGCCAACAAGACCUAGUCACACCAGACCACACCCAGGCCCAACAAGACCUAGUCACAGCAGACCCCACCCCAGAGACAGCUCCAGGCCACACAGACUCAGCAGGCACAACAGAGACAGCUCCAGGCCACACAGACUCAGCAGGCACAACAGAGACCGCUCCAGGCCACACAGACUCAGCAGGCACAACAGAGACAGCUCCAGGCCACACAGACUCAGCAGGCACAACAGAGACAGCUCCAGGCCACACAGACUCAGCAGGCACAACAGAGACAGCUCCAGGCCACACAGACUCAGCAGGCACAACAGAGACAGCUCCAGGCCACACAGACUCAGCAGGCACAACAGAGACAGCUCCAGGCCACACAGACUCAGCAGGCACAACAGAGACAGCUCCAGGCCAAACAGACUCAGCAGGCACAACAGAGACAGCUCCAGGCCAAACAGACUCAGCAGGCACAACAGAGACAGCUCCAGGCCACACAGAUUCAGCAGGCACAACAGAGACCGCUCCAGGCCACACAGACUCAGCAGGCACAACAGAGACAGCUCCAGGCCACACAGACUCAGCAGGCACAACAGAGACAGCUCCAGGCCACACAGAUUCAGCAGGCACAACAGAGACCGCUCCAGGCCACACAGACUCAGCAGGCACAACAGAGACAGCUCCAGGCCACACAGACUCAGCAGGCACAACAGAGACAGCUCCAGGCCACACAGACUCAGCAGGCACAACAGAGACCGCUCCAGGCCACACAGACUCAGCAGGCACAACAGAGACAGCUCCAGGCCACACAGACUCAGCAGGCACAACAGAGACAGCUCCAGGCCACACAGACUCAGCAGGCACAACAGAGACAGCUCCAGGCCACACAGACUCAGCAGGCACAACAGAGACAGCUCCAGGCCAAACAGAAUCAGCAGGCACAACACCCAAAUUGAUUCCACUAAAUGCAGAAACAGAUAAACCCAACCAGGACAUAGGGCACAAGAAGGCCCUGCUUGACCUGAACAAACCAGGUCUUAAACAGGAGAAUGAACUAGACCAAGAAUCAGACAAGCCCCAAGAGGAGAUAACAAACCUGUACACGGGAGAUGGUAAACAUGAGAGCGACUCAGGUACCUAAUGAUGAAUGAUGAAUGAUGAAAAGCCAGAGAUAAAGAUCCAAGGAGAAGGACCGUACACAGCAGACCAUAAAGACAAUAGCCAAACAAAUCAACACACACAGGAGGACAACCAGGACAUCCAGUCAGGGGAACCAGCCA